AUGCCAGCUUCAACAGAAUCAGCUCACAGCUUUAAGAACGAGCAAGUAGAAUCGAGUCCUAGUAUCGCUGAACCCGUUGCAAAGGUUCAAGAGGCAGGGGACGGAAAUGAAUUCCUUAUUAUUGGAGGGAAGAAGUACUAUAAACAUGAAUUAAUGACUGCUUUUGGUGGUACGCUUAACCCUGGUUUAGCCCCACCACCAGUCAAUCUGUUUGCCAAUCCAGCACCAUUAGGAUUGUCUGCUUUCGCAUUGACCACAUUUGUUCUUUCGAUGUACAAUGCUCAAGGAAUGGGUAUUAAGACACCUAACGUGGUUGUCGGGUUAGCGUGCUUCUACGGGGGUGCGGUGCAAUUUUUUGCUGGAUGUUGGGAAAUGCUCGUUGGUAACACCUUUGGUGCCACUGCAUUGACAUCUUACGGAGCUUUCUGGUUGUCUUACGCUGCCAUCAACAUCGAAGCGUUUGGAAUUGCUGCUGCUUACGAAGAUGAAAUUAUGCUUAAGAAUGCAGUGGGGUUCUAUCUUAUAGGCUGGGCCUUAUUUACGUUCAUUUUGACCUUGACCACUAUGAAAUCGACAGCCGCAUUUUGUGCAUUAUUCGCCUUUUUAACUAUUACAUUCAUCUUGUUGGGUGCGGGUGACUUGACGCAAAAGGUCAAUGUAUCUAGAGCUGGAGGUGUCACUGGCGUAAUUACUGCGUUCCUUGGGUUCUAUAACGCAUUCGCUGGUACUGCCAACAAGCAGAACUCUUACUUCACUGCGUACCCAGUUCCAUUGACCAGAAAGUAA